AUGGCAACGAUUGGGCUUCUAGUAUGGAAUUGCGAAAAAGUUUCACAAAAUAUUACCCAAAGUUGGUUUAGUAAAAAUGAAGAAUAUAUUUCUGGGCAUUACGAUUACGAUUCGUCCAGUUUUUUGAUAGCCGUUAAGCCUAAACCGUGGUAUUUUACAAAUGGCACACGUUAUCCAAAGCCAGCAUCUAUUUCUGCUAAGACAGGCAUACGAGAUGCAAAAUUAUUACCCUACGAAGAUCCAGGAAGUGAUCGUAUUCUGAAUCAAAUGAUGUUCAUUCCACCGACCUACGAUCCGUCUCGUAGGAAGGAGAUAAUGAAAACGAUCUAUGUACCAUUGCGACUACCAACUUGGUGGAGGCUCGAACGCGGUGACAGUGCAUUCGUAGAUUCCAAGUGCCCUGUCGAUGCGUGCAGAAUCACAGAUGACCCCAAAGAGAGGAAAAAUGUUGAUUUAGUUAUGUUUAACAAUGAAUACAUACCUUCAGACGAGACACGUCCACCGAAACAACUGUAUGCGAUGUAUUAUACGGAAGCGCCUGUGUAUACAAAUCGUUUGGAUCGUCCAGAUGUUAUCAAUUGGACCAUUUCAUACAGAUAUGAUAGUACAAUAGCCGUUCCGUAUAAUAAAUGGGUGUAUUACGAUCCUCGGCUAAAACAAAAAGAACAAGAUCGAAACUAUGCGGCAAAUAAGACGAAAAAAGUGGCAUGGUUUGUUUCCAACUGUGUACGCACUAGUAAUGGUCGUCUAGAAUAUGCUAAAGAACUUCAAAAGCACAUUCAGGUUGAUAUUUACGGUAGAUGCGGAACUUUGAAGUGCACAUGUGAAGAAAGUGAAAAAUGUUUCGAUAUGCUUGAUGCGGAUUACAAAUUUUAUUUGUCAUUCGAAAAUUCAAACUGCAAAGAUUACAUCACCGAAAAGUUCUUUGACACUGGGCUACAACAUAAUAUCCUACCAAUUGUGAUGGGAGCGCCGCGUCACACUUAUGAAAAAUAUGCACCUCUUCGGUCGUACAUUCAUGUUGAAGACUUUGAGUCGCCAAAGCAACUGGCUGAAUAUCUGCACAUUUUGGACCGAAACGAUAAUUUAUACAAUUCGUAUUUCAAAUGGAAAGGAACGGGGGAGUUCGUCGGCAAGGGGCCGGCUUGGAGAGCAAUGUCGGGGCUACAUCUUUUUUGUCGAUUGUGCGCCAUGUUACACGAUGAGCACAGCACCUCAACUCUACGCUUGUAUAGCAAUAUCAAUGAAUGGCAACAUGCAAAAGACGUUUGUAUCAAGGGCUUUUGGCGAGAUGUUAAAACUGAUGGAACAAGUUAAACAUAAUCGUCAUCUGCUCCACAUUCAAAGUGAUAAAAAAAACCAGACUGUGCAGCUGUGCACACAUCAUCUCCAUUCGCUGCAUUUUUCUACAA